CAAUUAUAUGUGCGUGAUGGCCGAGGUGGCGACGCCAUGCGAAGAGAGCAGCGCCGGCGGCGGCGAUGGCCGGAGCAACCGCUUCCUGGUGGUGGCCUACGGCAUCCAGGGCCACCUCAACCCGGCGCGCUCCCUGGCCCGUCGUCUCGCCGGCAUCGAUGGCGUCGCGGCGGUUCUCUCGGUGCCGCUCUUCGCCCACCGCCGCAUGUUCCCUUCCGACUCCGGCGAGGGCAUAGUUAGCGACGGUGUCAUCUCCUACGCCCCCUUCUCCGACGGCCUAGACGACGGAAGCUGGCCCACCGGGUCGGAGGAGGACAAGGCGCGCCGCCGGAGGGCGAGCGUCGAGAGCCUGUCCGCCGUGGUGCGCCGCCUCGCCGACGCCGGGACGCCCGUGACGUGCGCGGUGUGCACGCUCAACAUGCCGGCGGUCGUCGAGGUCGCUCGCGCGCACGCUCUGCCGCUCGGCGUGUACUGGAUCCAGCCGGCGACGGUGCUCGUCGCCUACUACCACUUCUUCCACGGCCACGCCGACGCCAUCCUCGCCACCGCCGAACCGGCGGCGCACGAGCCGACUUUGACGCUUCCGGGCCUUAGCCGGGCUCUCAGGGCCCGCGACAUGCCGUCUUUCUUCUUCACCGGCGACGACAGCGCCGACGAGCUCUCCAAGAUGAUCCUCCAGGGGUUCCGCGAGCUGUUCGAGCUGAUGGACGACAAGGAGGAGACUCCAUGCAUGAUGCUCGUGAACACGCUCGAAGCCCUGGAAGAGACGGCGCUGAGGGCGAUCCGGCCGUACCUCGGCGACGAUGUCUUCGCCGUGGGCGCCCCGGUUCUCGCCGGAGCCGGGGAAGAAGAACCUGCCGGCACAGGAGGAGAGACCAUCCACCUGUUCGCCCAGGAGGAGGGGAAGAGGUACAUGACGUGGCUGGACGCGCAGCCGGUGAAGUCGGUGGUGUACGUGUCGUCGGGGAGCCUGCUGACAUACAGCGCGCGGCAGGCGGAGGAGCUCCUGCUCGGCCUUGAGCGUCUUGGGCGGCCGUACCUCUGGGUGGUCCGCCGUGAUGGCCGCUCGCCAGAGCUCGAGCGACUCCUCCAUGUGGCGGCGGAAGAGGGAGCAGGAAUGGUGGUGGAGUGGUGCGAGCAGAAGGCGGUGCUGGCCCACCCGUCGGUGGCGUGCUUCGUGACGCACUGCGGCUGGAGCUCGACGCUGGAAACAAUGGCGCUCGGCGUGCCGGCCGUGGCGGCGCCGAGCUGGUCCGACCAGCCGAUGAACGCACACCUGCUUGCAGAGGAGUGGGGCGUGGGCGUCAGGGCAGAGCGCGACGCCGACGGGGUUCUCACCGGCGACGAGCUGGCCAGGUGCGUCGAGCAGGUGCUCAGUGACGGCAAGACAGCGGCGAACGCGAGCGCUUGGAAGGAGAAGGCGCGACAGGCGAUGGCCGCCGACGGGCCAUCAGAGAGAAGCCUCCGAAGCUUCGUCAGGAGAGUGCAAGAACUGUCUGGGAUGAAUCUUUAGCCGUUCUCUCUUUGCCGUUGAUGAAAAAUCUCAUCACGAAUAUCAAAGCAAAUGAAUAGGUGUGCAAUUUUGCUUUGUUUUUUUGUUUUCCCCAUGCUUAAAUAUUUCCCUUAAUAAUUAGGAUCAAGCAAAUGAAGCUGUAAAACUUCUGAUCCAGGUUUAGAUUUGCAAUUAUUUGUAAACCACACUGAUUUCAGAACAUCCUGGCAAGUUGGCAA